CCCACACUCCCUUCUCCUCUUCCUCCUUCCUCACCCCUUUCUUUCUCUGGUGGGGAGGACAAGCUCCGUCCGGUGUGCGAGGCGGCUGCGGGGACGGCGGGGCUCCGUAUGUGUCUCUGUGCCUGUGGUGUGUGCGGAGGGGUCCCCGAGUAAAGUGCGGUUCUGCUGCAUCUCCCGCACGGCGGUGGGGCUGCAAUGACUUGUUGCUGUUAGCCCCCAUAAACCUCCCUCAAAAAAAAACCCAAACGAAUAGAGCUAAAAGCGCGCCGGAGCUGGGCAGUGGGAGUGUGCGUGCCGGGGGCGGCGGGGCUCGCCCGGUCCGUUAGCCAGCGCCGGCCCCAACUGCCAUUUCCCUUAGCGCCCGCCACCACCUGCGGGCCCCCGGGGGGCUGCGGCCUGGCGCGGCCGCGGGAGCCGGGUGCGAGAGGGAGAGGGAGGAAAAUGAAAUAAAAUUACAAACGAAGCAAGACUUCCAUGACUUUGACAGGUUGUGGUAUGGGCGGGGAGAGGCAGGGAUGAGGCAUGGAGCCCGGUGUCGCCCAGGGCCGGCAGCACUCUGGGGAAGUUGGCCUAGGUUUCCUGCGCGGGGUGUGAGUCCGUGUGCCGGGCUUCCCCCUCACCUCAUUGCUCUCCAAAUCCCCUCGCCCCAUCCCGCACCACAGCCCCUCCUCUCCCCCGUUUUUCGUGACGAUUCGUAACGAACCGGUGGAUCAAGUUUUUCUCUCUCUCUCCCCUCUCUCUCUCUCUUCCCGCUGGUUAAUCGCAUUGCUGUAGCACCGGCUGACCUCCCUCCCUCUCCCUCCUUCCUUUUUUUUUUUCCUCCUCUCUGUUCAUCUUCCUUCAAAGUAUGUGCCAUUCCUGAGCGAGUUUCCCCGCCGGCUCAUCCCCGGGGCUGCCCGGCUCCGAAUGCCCCACCUUGUGUGCCUGCCUACCUGGACUAGGGGGAAGAUAAGCACUGCACUUUGACUAUGGAAGCAGAGGCUGCUGAUGGAUAUAUAACAUGUGACAAUGAGCUUUCGCCCGAAAGGGAGCACUCCAGCAUGGCCAUUGACCUCACCUCCAGCACACCCAAUGGGCAGCAUACCUCCCCCAGUCACAUGGCAAGCACAAAUUCAGUAAAGCUAGAAAUGCAAAGUGAUGAGGAAUGUGACAGGAAGCUCCUGAGUCAGGAAGAUGAGAUCAGGGCUCAUGAUGAAGGAAGCAGCCUGGAAGAACCCCUCGCUGAGAGUAACGAGAUGGUGGAUAACAGAAAGAUCCAGGAACUAUCAAGCGAGGGAGGAAUCCGGCUUCCGAAUGGUAAACUGAAAUGUGACGUCUGUGGCAUGGUUUGCAUUGGGCCCAAUGUGCUAAUGGUACAUAAGAGGAGCCACACUGGUGAACGGCCCUUCCACUGUAACCAGUGUGGAGCUUCUUUUACCCAGAAGGGCAACCUGCUGAGGCAUAUCAAGCUGCACUCUGGAGAGAAACCGUUUAAAUGUCCCUUCUGUAGCUAUGCCUGCCGACGGAGGGACGCCCUCACAGGACACCUCAGGACGCACUCUGUGGGGAAGCCUCACAAGUGCAACUACUGUGGCCGGAGCUACAAGCAGCGCAGUUCACUGGAGGAGCACAAGGAACGCUGCCACAACUAUCUGCAGAAUGUCAGUAUGGAGGCUGCCGGGCAGGUCAUGAGUCACCAUGUACCUCCUAUGGAAGAUUGUAAGGAACAAGAGCCUGUGAUGGACAACAAUAUUUCUCUGGUGCCUUUUGAGAGACCUGCUGUUAUAGAGAAGCUGACAAGCAACAUGGGAAAGCGUAAAAGCUCCACCCCACAGAAGUUUGUGGGUGAAAAGCUCAUGAGAUUUGGCUAUCCAGAUAUUCCCUUUGAUAUGAACCUAACCUAUGAGAAGGAGGCUGAGCUGAUGCAGUCUCACAUGAUGGACCAAGCCAUCAACAAUGCAAUCACCUACCUUGGAGCUGAGGCACUUCACCCCCUGAUGCAGCACACACCAAGCACAAUUGCAGAGGUGGCCCCGGUCAUCAGCUCAGCUUAUGCUCAGGUCUAUCAUCCCAACCGGAUAGAAAGGCCCAUUAGCAGGGAAACAGCUGACAGUCAUGAGAACAACAUGGAUGGCCCAAUCUCCCUCAUCAGACCAAAGAGUCGAACCCAGGAUAGAGAGGGCUCUCCCAGCAAUAGCUGCCUGGAUUCUACUGACUCAGAGAGCAGCCACGAAGACCACCAGUCCUACCAAGGAAACUCUGCCUUAAAUCCCAAGAGAAAGCCAAGCCCGGCUUAUAUGAAGGAGGAUGCCAAGGCUUUGGAUGCCACAAAAGCUUCUAAGGGCUCUUUAAAGGAUAUCUACAAGGUCAUCAAUGGAGAAGGGGAGCAGAUUAGGGCUUUCAAAUGUGAGCACUGUCGCAUCCUUUUCCUGGACCACGUCAUGUACACCAUCCAUAUGGGCUGCCAUGGCUACCGGGACCCACUAGAAUGCAACAUCUGUGGCUACCGAAGCCAGGACCGCUAUGAGUUCUCGUCGCACAUAGUCCGAGGAGAGCACACAUUCCACUAGGCCUUCUCAUCCAAAGGGGACUUGUAUGAAGUAGAAGAACUGCACAUGAAGAAAUACUGCACUUACAAUCCCACUUUUCCUCAGACAUUGAGACACCUAUUUUGUUGUUGUUGCUGUUGUUGUCGUUGCUGUUGUUUAAUUAUUAUAAUUAACCUUAUUUUUUGUGGACCUAACCUCAUUUGCUCUGCCCAGCUUAAGAAUGGAAAGAAGGGAGGGAAGGGAUAAAAGAGGGGUUUGUUGUUGCUGUCACUUUUUGGUGAGUGACCUGUCUUACUUUCUGUGGGGGUUGAAAGGCAGUCCAUUUCUGUCUCAGUCAGCUGUACAUCAUGUCCUGUUUUGGGAUGUCACUCAACCCUGCUAGGUGCUUAAAAGUCCCAAUGAGAUGCCACUUAUUUGCAGUUUCAGACAAAUAGGUAGAAACUUUGCAGAGGAGAUCCUUUUUCAGACAUGUAGGUAUGGUAAGGGAUUUCAGUGUCUGGUGGUGAGUGGGGGGAACUUAAUUCUGCAGAAUGAACAAUUAUUUUUAAAGCAAAACAGCUAGGGAUUUAGGGUCACGAAUCAAAGUUGAUAUUCCUUUCAGAAUUACUUUCCUUGGGUGAGCUUUUUUUCCUGGGUUUGGUGUGUAUCGCCCCACUAGAAUGUAAAAACUGAAUUAAAUAAAUCAAUGUAUGUCUUAA